AUGGGAGCUGGAUUAUGUGGAACUUCUCAAGAUCCUCAAAAUCAAGGUUCGGUUUUGGAUAGAGUCAUUUCUCAAGCUUCUAACAAAGAUGAUUGUCUUUUAUAUAAACUUGCCAACUACAAAAACAGUGGAGAAUUGAUCGAAGCAUACAAUAUUGGAGGUCAAGCUGAGGUUGAAAAACUGAUUAAAGAACAAUUUGGAGUUUUAAUGUAUGCCGAUGGCAAAGGUGAAGUAAUUAAACGUGCAGAAUACCUUAGGUGGAAAUUUCGAGAUCAAGCUCAGGUCGUUUUACCUAUCGAAGCUUCUUUAUCUAUUUACGAUCCUUUGGCAAAAUGGGAAGACCACGAAGCUUGUUGGCAAAUGCAGUACAGGGGUAGUUUAGGAGAAACGCUUCUUCAUGUUUUGAUAAUUUGCGAUUCUAAAAUACACACAAAACUUGCUCGUACCCUUUUAAAAUGCUUUCCUAAACUUGCUUUGGAUAUAGUAGAAGGAGAAGAAUAUUUGGGAGCUAGUGCUCUUCAUUUAGCCAUUGCUUAUAAUAAUAACGAAUUAGUUGAAGAUUUGGUAGAUGCUGGAGCCAACAUUAAUCAAAGAGCAGUAGGUAGUUUUUUUCUUCCUAAAGAUCAACAACGAGCAAAACCUUUAAAAACCACAGAUUACGAAGGUUUGGCAUAUUUAGGAGAAUAUCCUUUAUCGUGGGCAGCUUGCUGCUCGAAUGAAAGCGUCUACAAUUUACUUCUUGAUGUCGGUGCCGAUCCUGACAGUCAGGAUUCUUUUGGAAAUAUGAUAUUGCACAUGGUGGUCGUUUGUGAUAAACUGGACAUGUUUGGUUAUGCUCUUCGUCAUCCAAAAGUACCAGCUAGUAAUGGAAUAAUUAACAACGAGGGACUUACUCCCCUAACAUUGGCAUGUAAAUUGGGUAGAGCAGAUGUUUUUAAAGAAAUGUUAGAACUGAGUGCUAAAGAAUUUUGGCGUUACAGCAACAUCACUUGUUCGGCAUAUCCACUAAAUGCACUUGACACUCUAUUACCAGAUGGAAGAACCAAUUGGAAUUCUGCAAUUUUUAUUAUUUUAAACGGUACCAAAGAAGAACAUUUAGACAUGUUAGAUGGUGGAAUAAUCCAAAGGCUUUUGGAAGAAAAAUGGAAAACUUUUGCAAGAAACCAAUUUUUAAAACGUUUGGUUAUUUUCUUCUUACAUAUAUUUUGCCUAAGUGGUUCUGUAUAUUUAAGACCGGACGAUAGAAAUAAACCACUUUUGGGUGGUACUUCCGUUCAAGAUGUUGUCAGGUAUUGUUUCGAAAUCGGUACCAUACUCGGAGUUCUUUGUUAUUUAUGUUUUCAACAAGGAGAUGAAAUUAGAAAUCAAGGAUUGAUUAGUUUUUUAAAACAAUUGCCGCAUGAUCCUGCAAAGUUUAUAUUUCUCAUAUCAAAUCUUUUAAUUUUGGCCUGUAUACCUUACCGUGUGGCUGGUGAUACGGAUACGGAAGAAGCCAUACUUGUAUUUGCGGUACCUAGUUCGUGGUUUCUGUUAAUGUUUUUUGCCGGAGCGAUUCGAUUAACUGGUCCAUUUGUCACCAUGAUUUACAGUAUGAUCACUGGAGAUAUGUUAACCUUUGGUAUUAUAUAUUCGGUAUUUUUAUUUGGUUUUUCUCAAAGUUUUUUUUUCCUAUACAAAGGCUCUAAAAAUGUGAGCAGUUCUCUAUUUACUUCAUAUCCAUCAACUUGGAUGGCUCUUUUUCAAGUCACAAUGGGAGAUUAUAACUACAAUGAUUUAUCUCUAACAGCAUAUCCAGCCAUUAGCAAAAUGGUAUUCACAAUAUUUAUGGUUUUGGUACCCAUUCUUUUGUUAAACAUGUUGAUUGCCAUGAUGGGCAAUACUUAUGCUCAUGUUAUUGAACAAAGCGAAAAAGAAUGGAUGAAACAGUGGGCUAAAAUUGUUGUGGCUUUGGAACGUGCGGUAAAUCAGGAAGAUUGUCAUCGUUACUUACAAGAAUAUUCUAUUAAAUUAGGUCCUGGUGAUGAUCCUAGCACCGAGCAAAGAGGUGUUUUGGUAAUUAAAUCUAAAAGUAAAACAAGAGCAAAACAAAGAAAAGGCGCACUUUGUAAUUGGAAGAGGGUUGGAAAAGUAACCAUUCGAGAAUUGCAUAAGAGAGGAAUGACCGGAGAACAAUUGCGACGUCUUAUGUGGGGAAGAUCAUCAAUUUCAACCCCCGUCAAACCUGCACCAAUAAAAUUAGGCCACGUUACGAGCAUCUCGGGUGUGGCUGAUAUAACCGUUCCAGAAACGACAGGAAACACUGUUGGAACGGGAGGAGGCGGUUUGUUAGCUGCUUUGGACGUUAUGGCAUUUACAAAUGAUUUGGAAUUCAGUUCGGAAAAUCAAACUUCGACCAGUUUCAAAACUCAACCUCAACCAUCAGAAGUUUCUUGCGUUGAAUCGGAUUCGAAUUCAGAUCCUUUAUAUAAUGAUCCUCUGAGGCAAUUGAAUGAAGAACUCAAUAAAACUCGGGAAGAAAUUUUAACUUUAGCUCGAGUUGCAGCAAAUAAUGAUGGAAUUGAAGAGAUACCACCGCAAAUAUGUCAAUACGGUUGGAUUAAUAAUUAUAAUUUUUUCGGUAAUACAUUUGCACAAAAUCAAAAAGUUGAGGAUCCUGUUCAACAGCCUACAUUUCAAUCUACACCAAAUCAUAGCGACAGUGAUGGUUUAGGAGAUGGAUUACUCCUUGGAAGUAAUCGAAGAUUAAAAAGAACUCGAUCGGCAAAUAUAAAAAGAAAGUUUUCUGGAAGUUCGACAAAUGAAAAAAAUUUAUUAGAACCUGAGGAUUCAAGUUCAACUAAUUCCGAGGAUUUUUCAUGUUUAACCGAAAAUUACAUAAAUAAAAAUAUUAAAGUUAAUGCAAAUUUUUCGGAGAAUUCUUUACGAAGUAAUAGAAGUUCUGCCAAUCUCGUGGUGAAAAAAUUUGGAAGAAGGUCGGGUUUGAAAUCCUCUACCAACAGAAUUGCUCCUGCUGAUUUAAGUCCAGUUGGUAAUGUUUCCAAAUACUCUGAAACUUUGUGUAACUCAUAUUGUAUUACUUCUUCAUCGGAUGUUUUGUAUCAAUGGAGUAUAAAAGGAAUAACAAAUAUGAAUACACUUUUAGGAUUGGAAAAUGAGGAUUCAAUGUAA